UUUAUUUAUAGGUGAAAAAUGGCCGCGAUAUCGCUCCAUGGGAAUUUACAUGCUACCGUCUAUGAAGUUUGUAAUCAUCGGGGUGGUGGAUUCUUCCAUAAGUUAAUGGCGAAGGCGGAGGAGACUAUUGGUCUCAGCGAAGGUGGGGCUAAGAUUUACACGACGAUCAGUCUCGGAACGGCUCGAGUCGGAAGAACACGAAAAGUCGAACAUGAUGAAGCUGCGUGGAACGAGUCAUUUCACAUAUACUGCGCUCAUACGGCUAAGCAGGUAAUAUUCACCGUGAAGGAUGCAAAAACUAUAGGAGCAAUUCUAAUUGGCAAGGCAUAUUUGCCUGCUAUAGACCUCUUGUCAGGGGAGGAACUGGAUAAAUGGCUUGAACUCAGGGGUGAAGACAAUGAGCCCUUGGAUAAUGAUGCUAAAAUCCAUGUCCGGCUUCGAUAUUUUGAUGUUACGAAGGACCGGAACUGGAACCGUGGCAUCAUUAGUCCGAAAUUCCCCGGUGUUCCGUAUACGUAUUAUUCUCAGAGGAAUGGCUGCAAGGUUAUACUAUACCAGGAUGCACAUAUCCCUGAUGGAUUUGUUCCCCGAAUUCCGCUUGCCGGAGGCAAUAAGUACGAGGUGCAUCGAUGUUGGGAGGACAUUCUCGAUCAUAUCAACAAUGCCAAACACUUGGUUUACAUCACCGGUUGGUCCGUUUACACUGAGAUCAAAUUGAUGAGAGAUUCGAAGAGGUCGAAGCAGGGGACGGACACCAAGCUUGGUGAUCUUCUUAAAAAGAAGGCAAGUGAAGGUGUUAGAGUGAAUGUGCUUGUUUGGGAUGACAGAACAUCUGUUGGUGCAUUGAAGAAAGACGGGCUGAUGGCCACACAUGAUGAAGAUACCUUGCAAUUCUUCGAGGAUACCGACGUCAACUGCGUCUUAUGCCCUCGUAAUCCCGAUGACAGCGGAAGUUUCGUCCAGGACUUGCAGAUCUCCACAAUGUUCACUCAUCAUCAAAAGAUCGUUGUAGUGGACGCAUCGAUGCCUAAUGGUGAUUCGAAGAGGAAGAGGAUCGUGAGCUUUAUCGGCGGUCUUGAUCUUUGCGACGGACGAUACGACACACCUUUCCAUCCCCUUUUCAGCACUCUGGACACAGUUCACAAUGAUGAUUUUCAUCAGCCGAACCUCCCUGGGGCUGAUAUUACCAAAGGUGGUCCGAGGGGACCAUGGCACGAUAUCCACUGCCGACUCGAAGGACCUAUAGCUUGGGAUGUCUUGUUCAAUUUCGAGCAAAGGUGGAAAAAACAGGGUCGUAAAGAUGUACUCUUAGAUCUCAACGACCUCGAAGGUACCAUCAUUCCCCCAUCUCCGGUUAUGUUCCCUGAUGAUCGCGAGACAUGGAACGUUCAACUAUUUAGAUCAAUCGAUGGUGGGGCUGCUUUUGGUUUUCCUGAUACACCUGAAGAUGCUGCAAGAGCUGGACUUGUUAGCGGAAAGGACAGUAUCAUCGAUCGAAGCAUUCAAGAUGCCUAUAUCAACGCUAUCCGACGAGCCAAGAACUUUAUCUAUAUCGAAAAUCAAUAUUUCCUCGGAAGCUCCUUCGAUUGGCUCGACGAAAAUGAUGGCAUUAAGGUCGAGGGUGUCGAAGCUUUGCAUUUGAUUCCGAAAGAGCUUUGUCUUAAGAUAGUUAGAAAUAUUCUUGCAGGGGAGAGGUUUGUAGUGUAUGUUGUUAUCCCUAUGUGGCCUGAAGGAAUCCCAGAUAGUGGAGCAGUGCAGGCAAUAUUAGAUUGGCAAAGGAGGACCAUGACCAUGAUGUACAAAGAAAUCGUUACGGCUCUUCGAUCGAAGGACAACGACGAGGAUCCUCGAAACUACUUAACAUUCUUCUGCCUCGGCAAUCGAGAAAAGAAGGUGGAUGGUGAAUAUGAACAUGAAAAUAGACCGGACCCCGAUUCGGAUCACGAAAGAGCUCAAAAUUCCCGUCGUUUCAUGAUUUAUGUUCAUACCAAAAUGAUGAUAGUUGAUGAUGAAUACAUAAUAAUCGGAUCUGCCAACAUCAACCAGCGAUCGAUGGAUGGUGCACGAGACUCCGAGAUAGCAAUGGGAGCCUAUCAACCCCAUCAUUUAUCGAUUAGGGUACCGGCAAGGGGUCAAGUCCACGGUUUCCGAAUGGCACUGUGGUACGAGCACCUCGGCAUGCUCGACGACCGGUUCCUGUACCCGGAAAAGAAGGAAUGUGUGAGGAGAGUGAACCAUCUGGCUGACAAAUAUUGGGAACUGUACUCAAAGAACUCUCUUGAUCAAGACUUGCCUGGUCACCUAUUGGCCUACCCUGUUGGCAUUGCUAGUGAUGGGACCAUAACUCAAUUGCCAAACUUUGAGUACUUCCCCGACACAAAGGCUAAGAUUCUUGGUACAAAAUCUGAUUAUCUCCCUCCCAUCCUCACUACUUAAUGGAUCUCCAUGGAAGGAAUAAAAAAACCGG